AUGAAGAAAAAUCAAUUCGGACUUUUAGAAGAUCUAACAGAGCCAGGACUUGUUAAAAAAAGUAAUGACGUAUCUUGGAAGAAUGACUAAAUUUAUAAAUAAACAAAUUUUGAAAAAAAUACUACGUAUUUCCAUAUAAUGGGUAAAACUUCAAACUUAAGUUUAUAAAGGUCAUGAAGAAUCUCAUGCGGUAAGAAGAAGAGAAAUAUUGAAAAAGCAUCCAGAAAUAUAAGUGUUAUUUGGAAAUGACAUCAAUUCAGCUUGGUUAGGAAUCACAUUUGUAUUGGUGCAAUUCAGCUUCAUUAGUCUUUUCAACUAACUCAGUCUAUUUUGGUUUGUGAUAACUGCUUAUGUUUUUGGUGCCACAUUGAGUCAUGCACUGCAUGUUUUGGUUCAUGAUUUUACGCAUUUUACAUGUUUUGAAAGCAUAGCACUUAAUAAAUUGAUGGCUAUAUGGGCAAACUUUGGAUAAGGAGUUCCCUCAGCGAUCACUUUUGGCAGGUAUAGAUACAUAAUUAAAUGUGUUUAGAUAUCAUGCAGAUCAUCAUACCUUUUUGAAUUUGGAAACGUUAGAUCCAGAUCUCCCAUCCAGAUUAGAAUUAAAGUAUGUAAAAGGGCCAGUUAUGAAAUUUUUAUUUGUGGCUUGCCUACCCUUAUUUUAUGCAUUAAGACCUGUGAUUUUAAGGCCACUUAAGCCAAAUGCUUAAGAAGUAAUUAAUGCAGUCUCUGUCUUAUUUGUGGAUUAUUUGAUAGUUCAAUAUAUAGGAGUAUCAGGACUACUUUGGCUAUUAUUAUCUACUUAUUUUGGGUUGAGGUAUCAAUAUUAGUCUAAUUUAGUGUUCAUCCUUUUGCUGCUCACCUGCUAGCAGAACAUUAUGAGUUUGUUAAUAGAAUGGAAACAUAUGAUUAUAUUGGUUGGGCUAAUUUCUUUGUUCUUAAUAUUGGAUAUCACACUGAACAUCAUGAUUUUCCUAUGAUUCCCUGGACUAGAUUACCAUUACUAAGAAAAAUGGUUCCAGAAUACUAUGAGAAUCUGCCAUGUCAUACAAAUUAUGUGCAUACAUUACUUGCAUAUAUUUUUGAUGGAUAUAUAGGACCCUUUUCUAGGAUUGUUAGGUCUUCGCCUGUAUAUUUCAAAAAAUGA